AACGCGCCUGGUGUGCAUGUCACGUGAUGUAACCUGAGCAGCGUCUGCAGGUUAUUAAUCAAUACUCAGGCUAGAGUUUGCGCUUCACUCAAGCUCAAUUACUUUAAUAUUUAGUUUACGGAUAGAGGUCUGUGCGUGUGCGCAACACGAUGGCGGAAGAUGCCUUGUUUGCCAGUGAUUACGAUGGUCCAUGUCCUCUGUGUGAAGAGGAUGAGCAGAGAGAGUAUUGUAGGUACAGAAACACUGAGCAAGAGAAUGAGAGAGAAAAAAACAAUGAUGGAGAAGAGGUGGAAGACAAGGAGUCACAGGAAUUCAAGAGGGACGCUGAGGUGAAACUAGAGAAAAUAACUGAGGAGAAUUGGACAGUAGGUCAAGAACCUGAAGAUUGGAAAAUAGAGACUGACAUCGAAGAAAACAAAACUGAAGAUGUCUCACAGAAAAAUGACAAAGGCACAGAAGAUGACGAAGAGACAAACAAGAAAUUAAAUAAUGUAAAAAUGGAUGAAACGUAUAACAAAGAUGAGCAGGAAAGUAUAUUAGGUUUCAGAAAUGAUGAAACAAUGACAGUUGAUGAUGAUGCAGAGGCAAGUGACUUGCUGGUGCCGCCUCUGGAGGAUGACUGUAUUUUGCAGAUGGGCCCAGACUGCACCAUAGACCUGGUGAUGGUGUGUGAUCAGUCAGUGGACAGAUGUUUGAAUGAAGACCUUUUGUUAUGCUCCCCCAAAUCUUCAGAUCUCCCCCAGCAACCCCUUGUAAAGUCCCCACCCAGACCGUUAUCUAUCACAUUACCCCCUCAGAAUCCCACAGUUCUUCCUUUUCAGCCCAAGUCUGUACUUCAGCCUCACCUCCCACCACAGGCCCAGCUGGAAGCCCCGUCCUUGGGCAAACGGCCCUGUGGAAGCAGGUCUGAUGUACCCACAGAACAUCUGGAGGCCACGCUGCAGGUGUACAGCACUCGUCGCUACACCCGUUUUGCUAGCAGAGUGGCCCCUCUUAUUCCUCUGGCCUCUGCUGGUGGAGAAACCAGCAGUCAGGCUUUACCCUCCAUCAGCACGGAUGCUCCUCUAAUGCCUCCAAAGAAGAAAACUCGCACCUUCUACAGCACAGAUCAGUUGGAGGAGCUGGAGCGUGUGUUUCAGGACGAUCACUACCCUGACGGAGACAAGAGAAAGGAGAUCGCUGCCUCCAUCGGUGUAACGCCCCAGAGGAUCAUGGUGUGGUUUCAGAACCGUCGAGCAAAGUGGAGAAAAGCAUCAAAAGCCACAGCAAAAAAGCCUCCUGCUAGUCGAGGUCAACCUUGUGUCCAGGUCAACAGGCCACCAGUUUUCACAGCCAUUACAUCUCGGCAUGCCAAGCCUGGAAACACACUUCCUCCCUACAGUAGCAUUCGGACCAGCUGCACCAGUCCUCCAGGUCCAGUUUGUGUUGAUGUGGCAUCUUGUGUGUCUCAAGGAUUUUUGGAGUACAUGCCCCCUCCUAUGCACAGUCCUCCUCCGAUACGGCGUGCUUCCUUGCCUCUUAUCACAGCUUACAACCCCCCUACUCAAACCGUGUCCCUGCUGCUGGACACACCUGAACACAGUGAGGCCAGCUCCGCAGACACAACACCGCUGAGUUUGCAGACUGACAUGGGGUUUGACUAUGACAGCUUGGGCACCUCUGUGAAGCUGGACUACAUGACUUCUGCUCCACAGAACAGCGCUCUAAAUUUCCAGCUCAACACAUUUCCUCAACAGACAAAUAAUCUCCCUCAGCAAACAAACACUCUGUUACCCCAAAAGUCCAGUUGCCUUAUGCCCCAACAGUCCAGCGCAAUAUUGCCCCAGUACUCGCACCUGUCGUACCUCACGCCCUCUCCUUACCUCACACCCAACCCCACAGAGAGCAGCAGCGCUCUUUAUCUGCCCCUCACCACAGGAACCAGCAGCACUCUGCCUGCGUACACCAGCAGCGGACAUGCGUAUCUCCAGUCUCAAACCGGCAGCCAAAUGCUGCUACAGUCAGGAGUUCACUCAUUUCAGGCCUACCCGUGGACAACUGACAUGUAUAGUCAGUCUGGUCAGUAUGCACAGGCAGUAUAUCGGCCUCAGUUAUCAUCACAGUGUCACGAGAGCCAAUACUCCCAGCUCCUGCCUCAGCAGCACUACAUUCAGCUCGAAGGAGCGCCGUCACAGCAGCCCAGCCUCCCCGAGUCCACCCCUGACCCCCUGCUGCCCAAUGUCAAAGUAGAGUCUGAAGACAUGGGCCAUGGCCAGCCAAUCACAGUCAGUGAGGCAGGGCCUAAUUUUCAUUGUGAUUUCUCACCGAUCAACUUUUAACAACAGCAGGCUACUGACUGUGAAGAUCUGCGAGCAAUAUUUUCUUUUCUUUGCAUGUUUGUCUUCUGUUUUUUGCUGUUUUGUGCAGGAG